CUUGCACAGAAUGCACAAUGGACGGGCAGCAAUUUGCCUGUCCCCAGGGAGACAGGGUGGAGUGUGUGCGCAGAAGCAUGUGUGCAUCAUUAGGAGCACAGCGCAGACCCGAAUAGCGCAGACUUUCUCUUCUCACAGGGCUUUCAGCAUCUUUUCCAGUCCAGGAUGCCGGAGCAGCACGGAGAGAGAGACCUGUCAGUCUAACACUGUUACGUUCUCAAAUAAGGCUGUGAGUCACGCGGAUCUAAAUCUAGAUUAUAUUCUACAAAACUGAAGCUGCGAUCGAGAGGAAUACAUUGUGUUUAUCAAUAAACGAGGAUCUUUUUUUCGGAUGGGAAGCGACGAGUGUGACUGAUUGAACAUAAUAACGAUGGCAGACAAGUGGUCCAUUCCCCACAAGAAUCCAAGAUCACCCUGCAAACUUCCACUUUUCCCUGUUCCAUUUCCCUAAGGAUACGCUGACCUUCACAUACGCAGCCUGCAUGACAACCCCAAACUAGGAAAAUUGAAAGGUUGCUACUCUCUGCCAAGGACAACAACAGGCGAAGCAUUACAUUGGGAGCCUUGCCAUCAGCAGAAAUACACCCAGAUGUCAUAACAAAUGAUUUUGUGUUUGCAAAUUUAAUGCCUCUAACACCAGACCCCAUAAGGACCAAUUACUAGCGAAGAGAGCAGGACCAAGAUGAAAGAUUUGCUGUUUGCAGUUUGUUUGCUAGCAGGACUUGUGCUGACUAACACAGUUCAGACCUCUGAGAGGAAGGUUGUGUGCUUUAAAAUGUGCAAAUGUGAAGUCCGACCCUGGUUCUCUCCAUCAUCCAUGUACAACGAGGCUCCGACGGUGGACUGUAAUGAUCUAGGACUUCUUUCCCUACCAGAGAGGUUGCCAGCAGACACGCAAGUACUCCUAUCACAGACCAACAACAUUGCAAAAAUCGACAGUCCACUAGAUUAUCUGGUAAACCUAACAGAAGUAGAUCUAUCGCGAAACAAUAUAUCCUCCUUGAGUGACAUCCAUCUAGGUCACCUUCCGCAACUUCUGUCUUUACACCUAGAGGAAAACUGGCUUAGCAGCUUUCGUGAAAACGACUUUGCACACUUUCCGAACCUACAGGAGCUUUAUGUUAACAACAACCUACUCUCCUUGAUCAGUGCAGAGGCUUUUCAAGGGCUUAACAAGCUUCUUAGACUUCAUCUUAAUUCAAACCAGCUGAGGGCCAUAAGAACAGAGUGGUUCCGUGAUCUUUCCCAGCUUGAAAUUUUGAUGAUAGGAGAGAAUCCAAUUGCCAGAAUACAAGACAUGAAUUUCAAGCCCCUUAUCAAUCUCCGUAGUCUUGUGCUAACCAGGAUGAACCUCACAGAAAUCUCUGACAGUGCCCUGGUCGGACUUGAUAAGCUGGAGAGCAUAUCAUUCUUUGACAAUAUGUUCCCAAAAGUACCUCAAGCUGCUCUUAGACAAGUGCGGAACCUCAAGUUCUUGGAUCUUAACAAGAAUCCCAUAGAGAGGGUUCAAAGAGGUGACUUUGUGGACAUGAUUCAUCUAAAGGAACUCGGCAUUAACAGCAUGCCAGAUCUAGUUUCGAUUGACAGCUUUGCCGUACACAACCUUCCAGAGCUGACCAAAAUCGAAGCAACAAACAACCCCCGACUCUCCUACAUCCACCCAAAUGCAUUUUCUAAACUUCCCAGGCUUGAGUCAUUGAUGCUGAACAGCAAUGCUCUUAGGGCUCUUCAUCGCAUAACGGUGGAGUCCCUGCCUAACCUUCAGGAAGUGAGCAUGCACUCCAACCCCAUUUACUGUGAUUGUGUCAUUCGCUGGAUCAAUAUGAACAAGACCAAGGUCCGCUUCAUGGAGCCCGAUGCACUCCUUUGUGCAGGGCCCUCAGAGUUUGAAGGUCGUCUUGUCAGACAUGUCCACUUUCGUGAAAUGGCAGAUAUAUGCCUACCGCUAAUAUCCCCGGAGAGCCUCCCCAAUUGGGUCAAUGUGGGCAGCGGUCAUUUGGUAUCCUUGAACUGCAGGGCGCUUGCGGAUCCCGAGCCAGAGAUCUACUGGGUCACACCUUCAGGGGAAAAGAUCACACCCCAAAUGGUGUCCAACAAAUACUACGUUCACCCCGAGGGAACGUUUUAUAUUUAUAACAUCACAGAAAAGGAAGCUGGGCAGUACACUUGCGUGGCUCAAAAUGUCAUUGGAUCAGACAUACGAUCAGUCUCUGUGGUAGUAAAUGGGUACUAUCCAGUUCCAACAAAUGAAUCUCUGCACAUACAAGUGAAAGGGACCGAGCCUCAUUCUAUACGGAUUUCUUGGGUGCCACCCAAGGGUAGCCUCGUGUCUAAUAUCAAGUGGUCAACUGCAUCAAACCGGCCAUCUUCAGUCACAGCCCGCGUGUUGUCACAUAUUGCCACGUUCAACCUCACACAAUUAAACCCACUGACGCACUACGUGGUAUGUGUGGAAAUUACAGAUCUCAAAAGCAGACUUUUGAAAAACUGCAUGAACAUCAGCACCACAGAGGACCCUGUGGCACUAAGAAAUACAGACGGUGGAUUUGAUGUGAUAAUCAGUGUCACAGCGCUGAUUCUGAUGGUGUCUGCAGUGGCCUGUUCAUUCAUCUACCUGCUGCAGAGAAGUGAUCACCUUUACAGGAAAAUUAGUAACCAGGAGUUACCACCUUCACACAUUAAACCAAUCUGGGGGCCGGGGGCUAAAGCCACUGAUUCAGAAACAGACUUGAUAAAAAACUCUAUUUGAGACAAUCAGUGGUUUGGGAAUUGUUGGACACAGAUCUAUCUGGCUAAAUAUCUCUCGAUCUGAUGCAGGAUCAUUAUGAAACCGUGGUUUGUGGUUAAGACUUUUAAUUUUCAUUGACAUUGACUGCCAAAAAGCCACUAAUUGUUUAGAUGUCACGGGAAUAUAAAGAGAACCAAUAUCUCAUGCAGGAAUAAAUAAGAGCACAUGGAAGUUUGUGCCUGACUGUUUACAAAGAGCGCAAAACCUGACUGGCCGAGUCUUUUUAUUGUGGGAUUAUAGCAACACUACGUGUGCAGUGUAUUGGUAAAAUAAACAAUGUCAAGUUUAUGAUGGACUACGCUCUGUAGAAUAGAUCAUAACAGUACACGUGUACAACACUUUGUGAUAAAAUACAUUUAUACUAAAAACGA